AUGGCCGUCGAUCUAAUGCGUUUCCCUAAGAUGGAUGAUCAAAAGGCUAUUCAGGAGGCCGCAUCGCAAGGUUUACAGAGUAUGGAGCAUCUGAUCCGUGUCCUCUCCAACCGCCCCGAACAACACAACAACGUUGACUGCUCUGAGAUCACUGAUUUCACCGUUUCCAAAUUCAAAACGGUCAUUUCUCUCCUUAACCGUACCGGCCACGCCCGGUUCAGACGCGGACCGGUUCACUCGUUUCCUUCUUCCGCUCCCUCCGCCGCAUCUCCUCAGAAACAACAGAGUCAGAUCGUUAAAGUCGCUCAAUCCGAGGCUCCGGUUGUUUCUCAGCCGACGAGAACCACGGCGAAUCUGGCUCAAAUCGUUCCUCCACCAUCGGUUGUUGUGACUCCGUCUAGCUUCGUUCAUUCGAAUCAGCCGAGCGUGACACUCGAUUUCACUAAACCCAGCAUCUUCGGAUCCAAAUCCAAGAGCUCUGAGAUCGAAUUCGCCAAGGAAAACUUCAGCGUUUCUUUAAACUCUUCCUACAUGUCGUCGGCGAUAACCGGCGACGGCAGCGUCUCCAAGGGAUCCUCAAUCUUCCUCGCGUCGGCUCCGUCGCAUCCUGUCAACUCCUCCGGAAAGCCACCGUUGGCCGGUCAUCCUUACAGGAAGAGAUGCCUUGAGCACGAGCACUCCGAGGAUUUCUCCGGCAAGAUCUCCGGCUCUGGCUACGGCAACGGCAAGUGCCAUUGCAAAAAGAGAAAAAAUCGGAUGAAGAGAACUGUGAGGGUACCGGCGAUAAGUUCAAAGAUCGCCGAUAUUCCACCGGACGAAUUUUCGUGGAGGAAGUACGGACAAAAACCGAUCAAGGGCUCACCACACCCACGUGGUUACUACAAGUGCAGUACGUUUAGAGGGUGUCCCGCGAGGAAACACGUGGAACGAGCUUUGGAUGAUCCAGCGAUGCUAAUAGUGACCUACGAAGGAGAGCACCGUCACAACCAGUCCGCGAUGCAGGAGAAUAUUUCUUCUUCAGUCGUUAAUGAUUUGGUGUUUGCCUCCGCAUGA